AUGGUGGGUUGCUGUCCGACUGUCUCCACCACCACGCCUUGCACUUUCAUCAGCACUUGCUACGGUAGUUCUCAGUUUUCGGCAACCCCUUCCCUUCGCACCUAUUCCAAUGAUCCGUUCGUGAUGUUGUGCACUGGCAGCCAAGACCCGCACUGCCAUACCAGGACGUGGCCUGGUCUCUCGAUAGCGGAUUACCAAUGCACCUAUUCAGGCACCUCCUCAGGGGCCGAGACAAUGUUUACCAUCGGCUCCCUGACCGAUGUCAAGGACGAGAAUGACCAGAUUACGGAAACCAUGUCGAUUUCCUGGGUCGGCGACUCGGUCUUGUUAGCCAUUCGGGCUGCCUCUGCCACAAUCACUUCAGAUCCUGAAACCACGGCUCCCAGGACGGCGGCAACGGAGAGCAAUACCGCGCGACCAGGAGACGACGGCGACGACGAUAACUCUGAAGAUUCAGCCUCAAAGCCCCCAAUAGGGCCAAUUGUUGGCGGCGUCGUCGGCGGCGUGGGCGGCCUUCUCGUCCUUGUUCUCGUCCUGGUGUUCGUUUGGAGAAGAUCGAAGCGGAAACCAGCCACGGCUACAGCGGAGACGGCCGCGGGUAAGACUGACCCGGAGCCACCAUCGCCCUUGGAUGGCGAUCUGGGACCCGUGAUUCAUGAAAUGCACGGCGUUGAUGCCCACCGAAGACAUGAGCUAAUGCCGGAACGAACGUAUGUGGAACUGCCUGAACCGGAGGUGCGACACCAAUUGGAAUAA